CUCUUUAAUUACACGUGUUUUAUACACCGGAAGAUUGCGAACUGUCAUACGUCGAAAAAAGUAAACAUAUUGUUUUGUUGUUUUUUUUACGCAUACUAGAUUAUUUACUUUCUUAUCAAAAAUGAGAAGAGCAAAUGCAGGAAAUGAACAGACAUAUGGAUAUACUCCAACUUCUCAGAUGUUAGAAGAUGAAAGUCAACAACUAGAAGAUCAACUUUCCAGUAAAGUGUCAGCAUUACGAACGCUCACAAUUGAUAUUGGUACUGAAGUGAGGAGUCAAAAUAAAAUGUUAAAUGACAUGGACAAUGAUUUUGACAAGUCUGGUGGAUUAUUGGCAUCCUCUAUGAAUAGAUUAAAAGCUAUAGCAAAAUCUGGUGGCCAUAGAUUUAUAUUUUAUCUGCUAUUAUUUGCUUUAUUUGUUUUUGGUGUAUGCUGGAUGAUUGUUAAAUUUCGGUGAUAAUGGUUUCAAAAACAAUGAAAAUUUAAAUAAUUUAUUUUCAACUUAAAGGUACUGACAAGAUCUAUUAAAGAAUAAUAAGCUUGUCACAUCUGAUUAAGUUUUGUUUUAGUUUUGUAUGAGAAAUAAUAUUUCAUGUUAGAUUUGUUAAUAAGAGAAUUGCCCACAAAUUUUUCUCUAAAAAUAAACACGAAAUACUGUUCAACAUUAGACAAAUGCAUGAUUAGAAAAAGAAGUUAUAAUAUGUGAAAUCACUAUAAAUACAAUUUACAGUUUUGUAGUAAGUAAAAUUAUAAUACAUAACAGCUAUGUAUAUAAAGAUAAUGAGUUUUCUAAAAUCAAAAAGCAUUCAAAAUAGAAAUCAUCACUGUCAUUAAAUACAUGUACUUGUAUAUAUAGGGAAUUGUUAAAGAUUAAUUUGCUCAUCACAAAGCUUCCAACUGAUAUGUAUAAUGAUGGCCAAAAUCUAUUUCAUUGAAUGAUUUAAUUUCUAAGUCUUUGGUUAAAGGAACCCUCCCAGAUUUUGUUGAAUCAAACAGAUUGAUUCUGUCUGGAAGACGCUUAGAAACCUUUUAUACUAGUCCUGUACAACUAUCUGAAGUUCAGUGGUUUCAGUUUGCACAUGUUUUUAGAGAUAAGUUUCAAAAUUACAUGCUGUCCUAAGUGCCUGUGGGUAGCCAUGUCUACAUGUACAUACUUGCGUAAGUUAAAGUGUAAGUGAAUGUUGUGAUUACAAAGUCAAUAUGAACAAUGAAAUUCCUUAAAUGAGUUACAUUACCCUGUUAAUUAAGGAAGCAAACUUUUCCAAACUGCUCAACCAUUUGGGCCAUUUCUCCACAGUUUGGCAUUUCAUUUGUAUGCUUAUCAAUUAUGGCGGUAUAUUAGAUUCAAAAUUCUAACAUACUAUCAUCUAAUUUCUAACUUCUGUUCAUGUAAUUUCUAACUUCUAUUCAUGUAAUUUCUAAAUUAAGACAAUGUAUCAUCCAAUUUCUAUUAUUAAGACGUAAAAUGUCUACUUCAUUGUCGCUUUACAUGUUAAGCAUGAAUGUCGAACAAAUUUAGAAUUUUGAUACUUCUACCUAGCAGCCAUCAUUAUAAUGUUGUUUGGUAUUGCCACCGUGUGCUCAAUUUGCGAUUGAGCACCUGAUCAAGACCAUUAUGUUGAUACAAAUAACUCACUCAUGACUCGCUCUUCGUCAGGUUGAAUGGUUUGGUGGAGUGUUAAAAUUGAACAAUUUCAUUUUCAUUUCUUAAUUUCACUGAGUCGUUUAUAUCAACAUUAUGGUCCCAAUCAGGUGCUCAACUACCAAAUUAGCACGCAGUGGCAACACCAAACGAAUUCAUAAUGAUGGUUGCUCCGCAGAAGUGUAAAUAUUCUAAAUUUGUUCGAUAUUCAUGCUAACCGUGUAAAUGAAGAAGACGUUGUUCGUCUCAAUAAUAAAAAUAAGAUGAAAUAGAAUUAAAAUUUACACUGAACAAAAAAAGAAGUUAGAUUAUACAUUGUCUUAAUUUAAAAAUUACAUGAAUAGAAGUUAGAAAUUACAUGAAUAGAAGUUAGAAAUUACAUGAAUAGAAGUUAGAAAUUGGACGAUAGCAUGUUAGAAUUUUGAAUCUAAUAUACGGCCAUAACCAAUGCGUAUCCUGAGAAGUCUAGCACUGCUGUUUUACAGUUACAUGUGUGUACUGUGUUAGUGUAUAAUUGUUAACAUGUUUUUAAAUGAAUGCUGAUUUUGUAAAUGGUAAUAGUGGAUGUUAAUUAAUUGAAUAUUUUCAUAUACAUUUUGUUUUGAAAGUGAUUUGGAAUGUGGUAUUUUAUGUUUAUGUCUGAAAAUAGUGAGAUUGUGUUUGACUCUCUUUAAUCACAUUUAAUAUUCCUGUUUUCAUUGACAGUCCAAGAUAAGUUGAUCUUAUGGUAUUAAUGAAACAAUUCUUCAUUUAAUUUACCAGUAUAUAUAUUAUUUGAAUAUUUACUUGUACAUAUUAUGUUUUGCUUAUGUAUAUAUAAAAGUAGGCCUACAUAUAAAUUUUAAUACAUAAACUGCGACCAUUUUAUACUUGGAAUGAUAAUAUUAACUUGAUAUCAUUAUUAUGUGUGCAUAUUUAUGUCACUCAUAUAUUAGGUUAAAGGUUGGUUAUUAUUAAAAUAUUUUACAGAAUUAAUCAUCUACUGGAGAAACAGUUUCUAUUUUUCACUAUUCUUUUAAAAUAUAACCAUAUUUGUUAUGCAAUUGUUUAGGUUUUCGGAAAAAAGAAAUCAAAUAACUGAUAAGAGAAUAAAUAUUUUUCAAUGCCA